AUGCCACCAUACUUUACAUCCGAGCACACAUAUACUGCCAACUAUUGUGAAGAGAAUGUUUACUACUUAUGCCGUAAAUUUCUUGCCCUAAAUGAAUCACAACUAGAAGACGACGCAAAGGCGGAAAUUACGCCGCCUGCAAGUGAGGUUUACGCAGUCUUUAUUACGAAUGAGUGGAGUUCGUUGAAAGAAGAUGGGUCAUGGAUGGCUCCACCACCACCUUAUCCGCCUAUAUCAACUGAUGGGAAUACAAUGAAUCUGGACGAAUUUCUCUCCGUGACUGAAAAUAUAGAUUCCGAAAGGUUCGGGCGAGUAAUCAGUGAAGAUGACUUCAUACCCUUCUUUUCAGGUUGA